AUGUUAGUUUCUGCUUGCUCACAAAGUGCAAUAGGAUUUUAUCAUGAUAUACUUGAGAAGGAACCUGCAAACAAUACGGGACUUUCAAACAUUGUUUACUGGAGUAAAUUUUUAAAAAACAUAACACCUAUGUCUGACCUACAAGCAGAAGUUUCGAAAAAUUUAAUUGACUCUCCGUCACCUCUUAGCCUAAAGAUUAAUCAUUGGUUUGCAGUUUCAGCAUGGAAAUGGUGUACUAACGAUGAUGACUGUGGUAUUUGUCGGAACGCUUUUGAAACAUGUUGUGCAGAUUGUAAACUCCCAGGUGACGACUGUCCUCUUGUUUGGGGUCAAUGUAAUCAUUGUUUUCAUAUGCAUUGCAUUAUAAAAUGGUUAAAUAGUCAGCAAAUGGCUCAACAUUGUCCUUUAUGUAGACAAGAUUGGCGGUUCCGAGAAUAA